AUGCGAGUCAUAUCGGGACAUCUCGGCUGGGUCAGGAGUCUCACAGUAGAGCCAGGCAACAAGUGGUUCGCCAGUGGCGCAGGCGACCGUACCAUCAAAAUCUGGGACCUCGCGACAGGCUCUCUACGCCUUACAUUGACUGGUCACAUUUCGACUGUUCGAGGUCUUGCUGUUAGCCCCAGACACCCCUAUCUCUUCUCCUGCGGCGAAGACAAGAUGGUCAAAUGCUGGGAUCUGGAGACGAACAAGGUUAUCAGGCACUACCAUGGUCAUCUUAGCGGCGUCUACACCCUAGCAUUGCACCCAACCUUGGACGUGCUCGUAACUGGAGGGCGGGAUGGUGUAGCCAGAGUCUGGGACAUGCGCACCAGGAGUAACAUUCAUGUUCUCUCGGGACACACAGCAACCGUUUCCGACGUCAAGUGUCAGGAAGCAGACCCUCAGGUCAUUAGUUCGUCUCUCGACUCCACAGUCAGGCUUUGGGACCUGGCAGCGGGCAAAACCAUGGGCGUCUUGACGCAUCAUAAAAAAGGUGUUCGUGCUCUGGCCACGCACCCAAGCGAGUUCACCUUCGCAACGGGAAGCACGGGCAGCAUCAAGCAGUGGAAAUGUCCGGAGGGGGCCUUCAUGCAAAAUUUUGAUGGGCACAACGCUAUCAUCAACACAUUGAGCGUGAAUCAAGAAAACGUUUUAUUUUCUGGAGGUGACAAUGGCUCUAUGAGUUUUUGGGAUUGGAAGAGCGGACACCGCUUUCAGUCUUUGGACACAACGGCACAGCCCGGUUCACUUGAUGCCGAAGCUGGAAUUAUGAGCUCGACGUUCGACAGAUCAGGCUUGCGCCUUAUCUGCGGCGAGGCAGAUAAAACCAUCAAAAUUUGGAAACAAGAUGAAAGUGCCACGCCGGAAACGCACCCCCUUGUCUGGCAACCUUCACUGGCUCGCCGGAAGUUUUGA